GGGGGGAGGGUGAGGGUGGGGAAGUACGAGCUCGGGAGGACGCUCGGGGAAGGAACCUUCGCGAAGGUGAAGUUCGCGCGGAACGUGGAGACGGAAGAGAACGUCGCCAUCAAGAUCCUCGACAAGGAGAAGAUCCUCCGCCACAAGAUGAUCGCCCAGAUAAAACGUGAAAUUUCAACCAUGAAGCUGAUCAGGCACCCUAAUGUCAUACGCAUGUAUGAGGUGAUGGCCAGCAAGACAAAGAUAUACAUUGUUCUAGAACUUGUGACCGGAGGUGAACUCUUCGACAAAAUUGCUUCUCGUGGGAGACUAAAGGAGGAUGAAGCAAGGAAGUAUUUCCAGCAGCUAAUAAAUGCUGUGGACUACUGUCACAGCAGAGGUGUCUGUCAUAGAGAUCUAAAGCCAGAAAAUCUGUUGCUGGAUAAUAGCGGACAUCUGAAAGUUUCAGAUUUUGGACUUAGUGCAUUACCUCAACAAGUUCGUGAGGAUGGGCUUCUUCACACGACAUGUGGGACACCCAAUUACGUUGCCCCUGAGGUUAUAAAAAACAAAGGUUAUGAUGGGGCCAAGGCUGAUCUGUGGUCUUGCGGAGUAAUCCUUUUUGUCCUUAUGGCAGGAUACCUGCCUUUCGAAGAUUCGAACCUUACGUCGCUUUACAAAAAGAUCUUUAAAGCGGACUUUUCUUGUCCAUCUUGGUUCUCAACAAGUGCCAAGAAACUUAUCCGAAGGAUUUUGGACCCCAAUCCACAAACUCGGAUUACAGUUGCAGAAGUCACUGAGAAUGAGUGGUUUAAGAAGGGUUAUCAGCCACCAAGUUUCGAAACACCAGAUGUUAAUCUUGACGAUGUGAAUGAUAUUUUUAACGAAUCUGGGGAGCCAGAAAAUCUUGUUGUGGAGAGACGAGAAGGGGGGCCUGCUUUGAUGAAUGCCUUUGAGCUUAUUUCUACAUCCCAGGGCCUCAAUCUCGGCACUCUUUUUGAAAAGCAAAUGGGCGUUGUGAAAAGGGAAACAAGAUUUGCAUCGAAACUUCCUCCAAAGGAGAUACUUUCUAAGAUUGAAGCAGCAGCAGCACCCUUGGGAUUUAAUGUACAGAAACAUGAUUACAAGCUCAAGCUUCAAGGAGAAAAAUCUGGUAGGAAAGGGCACCUUUCUGUCGCCACUGAGGUCUUUGAAGUUGCACCCUCCUUGUUCAUGGUGGAGCUUCGCAAAUCCAAAGGCGACACGCUUGAAUUUCACAAGUUCUAUAACAAUAUCUCCACCGGCUUGAAAGAUAUCGUUUGGAAGCCGAAGGACGACCAAAAUGAAGAAGCAGCUGAGAGUUUAAAAGCUUAAAUUGCUUUUAAAAGCUUAAAUUCGCAUCUGUACAUAUUUUAUAAUGAUUUUUCGUAUUGUCCAACAAUGCAGGUUUGUAAUUUGGGGUACAAUUUGAAAUGCUUCUUAAAUAAAUAACAGCUUAUUAGGAGUGGGAAAAAAAACAAAACGAUUGAAAUUUUUUUUUUUUUUUUUUUUUUUUUGAAAUUUGAGAAAGUUCAUUGUUUGCUAGUAAAAGAAGGUAACAAACAAUGGCAUCUUUUUUCCCCCUUAAAUUUAGUCCGUGAGAUUUCCUUUUUCUUUUCGUUUUUUUUAAAUAAUUUUUUGGAGGGGAUUGAUUGCAAAUUAGUCCUUGGAAUUGAUCUUGGUAGCAAUUCUGCCCUCGAUGUUUCAGUUCUUAAAAAUUGAGUUUGUUCUGUGUAACUUUUUAAGCCCUUGUAUUAACUUACCAAUGCUUUUAUUUUAUUUUAUUUUUUUUCGUAA